CUCCUGCGCUCGGCUGCUGGGCCCAGAGGACCAGAGCUGCUUCCUCUUGGGCUUUACUGAAACCGCCGAGCACAGCACGUGCCGGUCUGUGCGGGCCUGGGCAGGCCCGGCUGUGCGGUGCCCCUAGCUGCCUCUUGUGCUUGGGAGAAGCAAAGACUGGAACCCUGAUUCUGAUCCAAACCCUCUGGCCGGCCAGUGUCCACCUUUGCGAUGUUAGCAGAGCUGUGCUGUAAAAGGCGUCCGGGCUUGUGGAGGAUGCUGGCGGUGGCCGUGUUCGUGGCCCUCCUGGGCUGCCUGCGGGCCCAGGAGCUGCGGGGACACGUCUCCAUAGUCCUGCUGGGAGCCACUGGGGACCUGGCCAAGAAGUACCUGUGGCAGGGGCUGUUCCAGCUGUACCUGGAGGAGGCGGGGAAGGGCCACAAUUUCAGCUUCCAUGGGACUGCUCUGACGGCCACCGAGCAGGGCCAGGAGGUCGUGGCCAAGGUCCUGGAGUCCCUUUCCUGUCCCAAGGAUGUGGCACCCGCUCGCUGUGCUGAACUCAAGGACCAGUUCCAGCGGCUGAGCCAGUACCGCCAGCUGAAGACCACGGAGGACUACGCGGCUCUGAGCAAGGACAUCGAGGCGCUGGUGCAGCGCGAGGGCCUCUGGGAGGCGGGCCGCAUUUUCUACUUCUCCGUGCCGCCCUUCGCCUACACGGACAUCGCCCGCAGCAUCAACAGCAGCUGCCGCCCGGGCCCCGGCGCCUGGCUGCGCGUCGUCCUGGAGAAGCCCUUCGGCCACAACCACCUGUCAGCGCAGCAGCUGGCCACGGACCUCGGGAGCUUUUUCCACGAGGAGGAGAUGUACCGGGUGGACCACUACCUGGGCAAGCAGGCCGUGGCUCAGAUCCUGCCUUUCCGAGACCAGAACCGCAAGGCCCUGGACGGCCUGUGGAACCGGCACCAGGUGGAGCGGGUGGAGAUCGUCAUGAAGGAGACGGUGGAUGCAGAAGGUCGCACCAGCUUCUACGAGGAGUACGGGGUCAUCCGCGACGUCCUGCAGAACCACCUGACGGAGAUCCUCACGCUGGUGGCCAUGGAGCUGCCCCCCGACAUCAGCAGCUCGGAGGACGUGCUGCGGCACAAACUGCAGGUCUUCCAGGCGCUGCGGGGCCUCCGGAGGGGCAGCGCCGUCCUGGGCCAGUACCAGGCCUACAGCGAGCAGGUGCGCAGGGAGCUGGACAAGCCGGCCGGCUUCCUCAGCCUGACGCCGACCUUCGCAGGCAUCCUCGUUCACCUGGACAACCUUCGCUGGGAGGGCGUCCCUUUUCUCCUGAUGUCGGGCAAAGCCUUGGACGAGAGAAUGGGCUACGUCCGGGUCUUGUUCAAGAACCGGGCGUGUUGUGCGCAGAGCGAGCAGCACUGGGUCGCGGAGCAGAGUGCGUGUCUGCCGCGCCAGAUCAUCUUCUACAUCGGGCACGGCGCGCUGGGCAGCCCCGCGGUGCUGGUGAGCCGGAACCUGUUCAGGCCCACGCUGCCCGGCAGCUGGGAGGAGGUGGGGGGCCCGCCCGGGCUCCACCUUUUCGGCCGCCCACUGUCUGAUUUCUAUGCCUACAGUCCUGUGCGGGAGCAGGACGCCUACUCCGUCCUCAUAUCCCGCAUCUUCCACGGCCGCAAGGACUCCUUCAUCACCACGGAGAACUUGCUGGCCUCCUGGGCCUUCUGGACGCCCCUGCUGGACAGCCUGGCCCACGAGGCCCCCCGCCUCUACCCCGGAGGGGCGGAGAACGGGCACCUGCUGGACUUUGAGUUCAGUGGCGGCCAGUUGUCCUUCUCGGUGCAGCAGCCGGAGCAGCUGGUGCCGGGGCCCGGCUCUGCUCCCGCGCCCAGCGACUUCCAGGUUCUCAGGUCCACGUACCGAGAUCGCCCGCUGGUCACGGCCUGGCCUGAGGAGCUGAUCGCAAAGCUGGCCGACGACAUCGAGGCGGCCGCCAUGAAGGCCGUGCGGCGCUCUGGCCAGUUCCACCUGGCGCUCUCGGGCGGCUCCAGCCCCGUGGCCCUGUUCCAGCAGCUGGCCAUGGGCCACUACGCCUUCCCCUGGGCCCACACGCACCUGUGGCUGGUGGACGAGCGCUGCGUGCCGCUCUGGGACCCCGAGUCCAACUUCCAGGGCCUGCAGACGCACCUGCUGCAGCAUGUUAGGCUCCCGCACUACCACGUGCACCCCAUGCCCGUGCACCUGCGCCAGCGGCUCUGCGCCCAGGAGGACCAGGGCGCCCAGGCCUACGCCGAGGAGAUCUCCGCCCUGGUCGCCAACAGCACCUCGGGGCCGCGCCGCCGCAUGAGCCUCAGCCUGCCCCUCAUCAACCGCGCCAGGAGGGUGGCGGUCCUGGUCAUGGGCCGGCUGAAGCGCGAGAUCACCCUGCUGGUGAGCCGCGUCGGCCACGAGCCCAAGAAGUGGCCCAUCUCGGGCGUCCAGCCCGUGUCGGGCCAGCUGGUGUGGUACAUGGACUACGAGGCGUUUCUGGGGUGAUGGGGCCUCGCCCUCUGCUCACUCCCAGGCUGUCUGUCCCCGGUCCUCUCCCCUCCCCCGAGUCCUGCCGCCUGCCCGGGCGCCUGGCUCUCUGGAAUCGGAUGCCUCAGGGUCAGCCCCGGGAGAGGCCCCGUCCCAACCCCUUGGACCGUCCCUGUCCAGAUGUGGUCAGACCCAGAAACAAGGAAGAAAUGGAGGCUCGUAAGAAGCCUUCGAGGAGGGUCCUGGAGGGGGACCCUGGGACGGCUCCCGGGGAGAAGGGUGCGGGCAGCGGGGAGCGGGGAGCCGGCACAGUGGGUGCUGGGAUUGCCCGGAGCCCGGCCGGUGCAGCCCUGCUUCCCGUUUCCUUCCGGAGCCUCUGCCGUCGGCUGCUGUCCUGGCCCCUGUGGGCUGCCUCCUGCUCCGUGUGUCCGGUCCUUCCUCCUCGUCCCGACUCGGGGGGCCUCCCAUCCCUCCUUGGUAUCCUCACUGUCCCCAGACCCUCCCAUUGUAGACAGAAAGAUGACAAGAACACUGCCACAAUACUGGGUGCUACAACGGUGCCAAACACCUCGUGACUCGUUAAGGGCCCUUCCUCAGUAAUGACCUCUUUGCAUGGGGGGACCUCCCUGCCCGCUGGGCAUAACCAUCAGGCCAUCCUGGGGUCCGUCCUUGCGAGGGCCUUUCCAUCUCAGGGAACCUCCAGUGUCCUCCCUGUUCUACCAGGAAAGACCUAGUCAAUCUCUCUGAUGGGGACAGCUCGCUGCGGGGAGAGCUGUGACGUCAAGCGAUGCACCAUCCAGACGCUCUGAUCUGACCAGACAGGAGCCAGGCCUUUUGCUGGGGCGGCCGUGGCGCCGGGGCUGCAGCACCCGCCUCACAGCCCGCGACUCCCUGCCCGCCGGUCCCUCCUGCCGUCCACGGCGCCACUGCAUGUGGGAGGCUUGGGAACAGGGCGGCGGCUCCUCAGGAGUAGGUGGGUGCUCUGCUCUCGGGAAGCGGGGCUUGGGGGCCUGUUCUCCUGAGACCCCCAGGGGUGUCUCUGAAAUGCUUUUUAAAACAGCAGCGAUGGGACAGUCUGUAUUCCAGCUUUGCACCUAGUCGCGCCCCUGGCUGUGGCUGUCAGGGAAUAAGAUGCUUCGUGUGACUGAGCCCCGCGUCCUGGCCUCACUGUGCGGCAGACACGCCGCAGACAGGCACGUGUCCGCGUGGCGCAAGGGCCGUCCUUGGUGAGGAGGGGCACCCCGAAAUCCGUUCCUCUACUUUU